UCUAAACAGGAUUUAAAUAUGGAUUCAGCUCUCAAAGACUCUAGUAACAGGACACUUGGCUCCGAGAACAUCUCUGCACCUUCAAAGGGUUCUAAUUUUCCUACCUGGGAAGACUAUAAAAGCAGUGUAGAUGACAUCCAGUACUUUCUGAUUGGGCUUUACACUAUGAUCAGUCUUGCCGGCUUUAUGGGAAACCUGCUUAUUCUUGUGGCUUUAAUGAAGUGCAAACAAAAAACAAUAAUAAACUUUCUCAUUGGGAACUUAGCCUUUUCAGAUAUAUUGGUGGUGGUCUUUUGCUCUCCGUUCACCUUGACAUCUGUUCUACUUGAUCAUUGGAUGUUUGGAAAAGUCAUGUGUCAUAUGAUGCCCUUCCUCCAGUGUGUGUCUGUCCUGGUUUCCACUUGGAUGUUAAUUUCCAUCGCCGUAGUCCGAUACCGUUUGAUCCGCCACCCUCUUUCUAGCAACCUGACACUGAAACAUGGUUGUUACCUAAUUUUGGCCAUCUGGACUCUUGGUUUAGGCGUUUGCUCCCCUUUGCUGGUUUUCCACAAGCUGGUAGAUCUUCCGGAUGCCCUUGGCCUAGAAGCACUAAACAGCAAGCACGUGUGUGUCGAGUCCUGGCCAUCUGAUUGGUACCGAAUUGCAUUCACUAUUUCCCUGUUGCUCAUGCAGUACAUUUUGCCGUUGGUUUGUUUAACUGUAAGCCACACUAGAGUCUGCAAGUCCGUAAGUUCCAGAUUGUCAGUCAGAGAAAACAAACUGGAAGAGAACGAGAUGAUCAACUUAACCCUUCAUGCACCCAAGAGUCACGGGUCUCAGGGACAGCUCUUUAGUUCUGAGAGAUGGACUUACACUUUGGUCAGGAAACACCGAAGGAGGUACAGUAAGAAAACCGCUAGUGUGACGCCAGAAAUGUCAAGGCACCAUCAGAAUCAUAAUUCUGGAGAUCUCGCUGAAACAUCUGGUACAGAAAGAAGCCAGCUUUCUUCCUCCAGUAAAUUUAUACCAGGAAUACCCAUCUGCUUUGAGGUGAAACCGGGGAAUUCAGAAGUGCAGGAUGGGACGACAGUAGCUCGACCCAUCAGUCAGGUUAAGAAACGGUCUCGGAAGGUUUUCUGGCGACUGACAGUGCUGAUCUUAGUUUUUGCAGUCAGUUGGAUGCCUCUUCAUGUUUUCCACGUUGUCACUGAUUUUAAUGGCAAUCUCAUUUCAAAUAAGCAUUUUAAAUUGGUAUAUUGUAUUUGUCAUUUGCUGGGUAUGAUGUCCUGCUGUUUAAACCCCAUUUUAUAUGGAUUCCUUAACAAUGGCAUAAAAGCUGAUUUAAUGGCCCUUAUUCCAUGCUUACAAAUAUCAUGA